AUGAAGAAUGAUCCAGACGCAGCAGUGCAGGAGGAAGCCAACCUCGUCCAAGCAGCGCUGCGCUUCCUCCUCUUCCGGCACGCCUCCCGCCCCGGGGUCCCCAUUCCCCGCUCGGAGCUUGGCGCGGCCCUGAGCGCGGCCAGGGAGGGCGCCCACCUGCACCAGUCCGUCAGCCAGAUCGUGCCGCUCAAAGCGCGCUGGCUCUUGGCCUCCAGGUUUGGCAUCUUGGCGCGCGAGGUGACUCGGUCCACCAAGCCGGUGACUCUCCAGAGCCAGGUGGAGGACGAUGCACCGGCCUCGCAGGCGGGGACCAAGCAGCGCUACUAUGUGCUGGAGAGCCUCGUGCCGGCCCGACUGGCCGCCGCCGCCCCCCUGGACACAGGGGCUGGGCCUCGGCGGGCCCUGCUCAUCGCCGUGCUUUCCAUCCUGCACCUGGCCGGGGGACGCGUGGACCAGGAUGAGCUGUGGCACCACCUGGCGGAGCUGGGGGUCCACAAGGGGGACAGGCACCAUCCGGAGCUUGGGAGCGUGGACGAAUGCCUGGAGCUCUUCGUCGCGCAAUGGUACAUCAACGUCAACAAGGACAGGAGUGGGUCGGGCGAGGGGAUGACCUACUCAAUCGGAGGUGGGUGA